AUGGCGGAUUGUAUAGCAACGAGGGGUGCAAAGCCUGCCAUUUCUUAUUCAGCUUUGCACAAUCUAAGCAAUAUAUAUUCGGAGAAGAAAAAAAAGCAAGCUAAAAAGGCAACAGGGAGAUUUUUCGAAGCGGAACGUAUAAUUGAAAGGAGAAACGGCCGUGAAUCGGUAUGUAUGAAUUGUUUAAAUUUUAUAAAUGGUUUUAUCUAGUGUAGUUCACUUCAAAUUCAAUGCUCAAUUUGCUGAUUUCAGAUUUGGUUUAUGUUUUAAUAUCUAGAGAGAGUAUUUAGUUAAAUGGUGUGGCUACCCAAUGUCGCAGUCGUCCUGGGAACCGGAGGAAAACUUGAACGAGGUUUUGCUAAGGUAAGCAAUUUCAUAUUGAUGCUAUUAAUAGGUCAUAAUAAGCCAUAUGAAUGAUAUGAUGGUAUGUACUAUCAACUGUGUUUCUCUGAAUGUAGAGUAUUUGAAAAAAGCACACACACAAAUGCCUAAAAAUGUUAAAAUUGACAUGAUUGUUAAAAUAAUAAUCUGUGUUGUAUUUUUGACAGGAGCUAUGAUCAUCCACAGCCAGACAUGUCAAGGGUCGAAGAGUCAUGUUUUGCUCGUCGAACAACCAUAAUAAAUGGGCUGAAGUCCUCUGGGGUGGAUGUUCACUUAUAUGUGCCAUUCCACCUUGAUGUUUGGAGAUACCUCAUGCAAGGUAAAGGGGAAGCUAUCAAUGGAGGUAGCAAAUUAUAUCAAAAGGAAGACUUUGAUAGGUUUGUCGAUUGGCCAGAUCAUUGGAGCUAUAUCAUGAAUCUCCAUGGCACAGGAAGAGGAAUCGAUUUCCCCAUAAAAGUAAGGCCAUUCCUGGGGAAAUCGUGUGUGAAAGAUUUUGUUGUGGGGGAUGAUGGAGCAAUUGUGAAAGCUCCUAUAUUAUAUACUGAAAAAUUAAGUAUUUAUUUUGUAAAAAGAGCAUGUAAUCCUAACAAUAUAUAA